GUUUAGGUAUGAAUAUUCCAGAUUCUGAUGAAGAUCUAUUGGCCAUCGAUACUGAAAAAUUAGAAAGUAUACUUGAAAAUCGAGAUGAAGUUAUUAAUAAUCAAACCAUCCCAGAACUUAUUCCAGAUGAAACAUAUAAUUUUUCAAAACAAUUUUCACCGAUAAUUCGUCUUUAUUCAUCUACCAUCUAUGAUCGUAUUCAUGCCGUAUACUCAACAGACCCCUUUUUAUCUGACCAAGAAUUGAAUAAACUUGGUAGAACAACACGAAAAAUUCCUGUGUAUCUUGGUAUCUCUAUUGGAAUGAUUGCAGGUGUAAUGCGUGCGUUUGUAUCAUAUGAUGAAUUCCUACGUGCCAAUAAAUAUACUAUAUUUGUAAACAGUGAAACGGCUAGGCGUCAUUCCUUAGAUCAUUGUAUACUUAAAGGUGCCGUAUUUGGAAUUUCCACUGGUUGCAAAGUAACGAUACUUACUGGUGGAUUCUACACUCUACCGUUACUGUUCUCUGCAAUUCAGGGGAAAACAAGUUACUGGGAACACGCUGUAGGUUGGGGAAUUACAGGUUCAUUGUAUUGCUUUAAUCGUGGAUUUAAACGAAUGCUUAUAGCAGGAAUGAUUGCUUCUGUACCUGGUCUAAUUACAGGUGUUUUAUCCAUGUUAGCAUCUCGUGCAUCAAAUUCAACAUUUGAAGAAUUAUACGCAAAAUAUUUAAAUGAAACUCAAAAAAUCUAAUUGUUAGCAUUUUGUAUUUGUUUCUUUUUACAUAAAAUUAUUCUCUAAUGUAUUUUAUAGUUUGAACUAAUUAUUUUCUAAUCACUUAAACAUUUCACUUGUAUCUAUCUUAUUAAAUCAUGUUAUUACUAUUUAGAUAGUAUUAAAUGUACUGUGGUUUGUGUGUUUCUUUUGAAAACAAUUUAUUGUGGUAAUUAUAGUAAGCACACUCGGCGAAAUUACUGUUUCAUUGAGGAAGUUGUUUGUGACAUAAACAUCUAGUUAGUCCUAGUAGUCUGUCUCUAAGGUCUUCAGUUUUCACCAUCUCUUGUAUUGACUGUUAUAUAUCCCAUUAUUUCGCAUCAUACAGUUUUGUGAAUUACAGUAUCUUCUUAGCCUUAUCUCUCUUUUAAAAUCGCUUUCGACAUAUGGUGUGUUUAGAUAUGCAUGAACCAUAUUAUCUAUGUGAUGAAGCCCAACCUUUUUUCAGUUAUACUCUUUAUUAUCAUAUAGUUCUCUGCUGCUGCUGUUUCGUGCGAAAUUACAUAGUGGCUUGGUAAAAUAUGAAAACCGUACAUUAAAUACAUUAUUUGCAAGUCUUC